UGUCAAACAAUCGUGUAGUGUAUUGUAUAGUAGCAGUGCAAUAUGUUUCCAAACUCGCGGUGACGAUAUUAUUUAUUUAUUUUAUAAAUUCUUGUAAGAUAAUAGUAUAUUUGGGUAUGUUAAACUCAAAAUGUCAGAAGAAGAAACAGUGGAUAUUGCAAAAGAACUUGACGAUUUACUGACGAAAGUACAACCAGACUUGCAAGAUGUUAUCAAAAGAAGUUUUACUAACGUAGCGCUUCAACUGGCAAAAAAUGGAGAACAACUUAUUCGGGACACACUGGCAGACACUUCUUACUUUGCAAAGAAUACCCAAGUCAAUUUGACAGCUCUAGAGCUGGUAAAAUCUCCAACGUUCCACAUGCAAGGUGUGUCCUUGGACCUCAAGUCUAUGCUGCUAAGUCUGCGCUGCUCCCUCGGCGAGGUCAACGUUAAGGGCCAGUACAGUGCCUUCAACGAGAACCUUUAUAACCUCAUUCCUGUGUUGUCUGAGGGACAUGUUGUCAUAUCGCUAUCGAACGUGACAGCGGACGUGAACGUAGGGCUGAUCGUGGACGACGACGCUUUCUCCUUCAUCAACCCCGGCAUCGAGUUCUCGCACGAUGAAGUCCUUGUCAAGCUGUCGUGGCCUUCGCCGCAGCGGAAUGGCGGCUACGAGUUUGUCACCACCGAGCAACUGGCCAAACAUAUCGAUGACCUGCCGCUCUCGGCGGCGGUGUCGCUGCCGCUGUUCGCGCUGUUGCGACAAAAACUGCAGCGACAUCUAGCGCGAGUGCUGCGGCAGAGCACCAGCGUCUCCGAGGUCAUGUGCUGCGACCCCAGCCUCCAUGAGGCCUACAGCGAGAUGGUGAGCAACCUCGCUGCGAAAGGCAACAAGGUCAUAGACAUGGUGCUGAUCAACAUGCGGCGCACUUUACUGCAGACGCGGACGGAGGUGCUGGAACUACCGCCCUUACACGCCACCUUUAUGCACAAGAUCGGGUCAAUAUCGUUCAUCGGCAAGUUCGAGACGGACGCGGGCUGGGUGAAGAACCUGGCCACGGUGAACCGCGUGAACGACGUCAGCGUGUCGCGGCCCGACCCCAUGAAGACCUGCUUCAGCGUCACGUUGCGGAUCAAGGACUUGCAGAUCGGCUACGACGAAUACCGGAUAAAGGCACUAGGCGCGUCUUGUUCAGGCCGAAUGGCGGCGGCGUUCGCCGACAACACGCUACGGCUAGAGCUGAGCGUGGGGCUCGCGCGCUGGGAGCCCUACGCGCAGCUGCACGACCUGCGCGUGCUGCACAUGGACGGCAUGGACCUGCACGCGACCGGGCUGGGCCCGCUGUCAGGCACGGCGCCACUGGGCGCGUGGGCGCGCGGCGCGGCGGCGGCGCACGCGGCGCCCGCGGCGCGGGACCGGCUCCAGCGCGAGCUGCACACCGCGCUCACCGAGCUGCCGCUCUGGGACCUGCUGCACGACCAUUAGG